AUGUCAAUUUUUGUACUCCCGAUAGCGCUUUCAUCAACAGCCUCUCACUCGAAACCAUUGUUCCAAUCGGUCAGGGAAAAUGAAAGCAGGAUUAGGAAUAAGCGUAAGCGCCAUGAAUCUAUGUCAGAGUCAGCAUCAGAACCAGAGAUUGAAGAGCUUGAUGUCAAGGAUCCAAGAACAAAUCCUCUUAGUCUAAAUCCUGACGAGGUUUUUCAGUAUCGGACAGCGGGCCUUGAAUUGAAUGAAACGCUACCUGCGGUAAAUCAAUGGCCCCAUCGUGACUUUACUGAACCAAUGAUGUUGCCGGUCAGGCCGAAGAAAACUAAAUCAGCAAGCAAGGCCAAAAAUAUUGAAACUGAAAUUUGCGAUGAUGAAAGCCUAAACACGGCUGCUAAAGCGGAAGAAAAUAUCUCAGCAUCAAAAAUAAGUCGUGAAUCACAGCUUCAUAUUCGACAUAUCAAAGUAUUAACGGCCAUUCUUCAUCGGUGUCUUCAGGAUGGUGAUAUCGCACGUGCAAGUCGGGCCUGGGGCCUACUAACUCGCUUGCAAGUCUCCGGUCAAGGAAUAGACUUGAGGAGUAGCGGCUACUGGGGAAUUGGCGCUGAACUUCUGAUACGAGGUGCUAGUAUGCCCACAAGUCGUAUCAACAAUUCCAACCCUAAAAUAAAAAGUGGCCAACAAGCCGAUGAAAAUGAAAUUACAGGUAAAUUUCCAAAAAUACCGAGUCAUCGAGGGCUAGCAGAAGGGUUAAGAAGAGCCAUAGAUUUCUAUGAGCGCUUAAUUAUUGAGUAUCCUUUCAAAAGACAAUUCCCUAAAAGCAUGAGCGCUCUAAAUUGGUGGCCAAUCAUGGCCGGCUGCGAAAUUUACAGAAUUCAGUUGGAGCACACCAUAGCAUACGAAGUGCUUAAGAGAAAAGAAACAAUUAAAACCCCACUUAACGAUAUGAAUGAAGAUGAUAUUUUGGGGGAUUUUGAGGGAGGAUCGGAAGAGUUUUCGAAUUCUGGAGAUAGUGAAGAGAUCAGUCUUGAAUCAAAGCAAGAGCACGAAUGGCAAGCAAGAGAUCGUAUUCGUAAAAUUGCUCUGGAUGCUUCGGAAAAUCUAGCCACUCGUCUAGAUGAGCGAAUGGUAGUUCCACCAUUUUCCGAAAGUCGUGAUAUGUUGUGGCUGCGAGGCAUGUUAGCAUUAUACAUUGGCGACCUAAGUGUUCCAGAAGAGGAUAAAGCUAGAGAGCUAGAUCCUUCAAAGACCGCUUGGCCGGAGCGUGAGGAAUCAUUUGAAACAGAGAGGAUCCGUAUUCAACGGAAUUUAGAGUUGCGAGAAAGGCACAACCUUUACAAGCAUGGCUUGGAGAAGAAAGCGCGGGAGUGGCAAGUGGCUGGUGAUUUCUUCGAAAAAGUAAAAAAUGCAGGUGGUGAUCCGCCAAACCUACCAGACUGGAGGAAUUAUGCUGAAUAG